AUGUCACCAGUGGCUCUUUCAACACACCAGUGCCAAGAUGCACACGUCCCUGCUAAAACAGGCAAAGCCGAGCCUGUGUCGCGUUCGUCGCCUGUGGACGGCGUCGUUCUCACUACGUACCCUGAGGACUCGAACCCUAUUCCUCUCAAGUGGGGCGCUGCGUCUCCUGAGGCCCGUGGUCCUAUCGUUGCGUCGCGGUUGCGCGACGGACUCGCCAAGCACAACAGUAUUGGCGCUCACUCCGGGUCCUACUGCGUGUACCACGCGCUUGCAGUGGGCUCGAAGCAGCUAGACCCCAACCACGUCGCAGACUACACCAACUCUCAGCCUGCGUUUUCCAUGCCCGAGCAAAAGACUUGGUAUAACCCCCGCGACAUCGUCGCUAUGGACCCCUUCGGUCACCUCACCCCCUACUUGUUCGACGAGGCAGGCCGCACAGAGAACGUCGAAAUCCGCCCCACCAUCGCCAUCACCAAGGCCACCAUGCAGUUGUUCGAAAUGAAGGAUGCUGUUAUCAACGGCCGCCUGCAGGUCGACGGCAAGGUCGUCUUGAACUCCAACGGUGACCUCAGCGUGUCAAAAGUCGCCGUCGAGCCAACCUGGUACUUGCCAGGCGUGGCAGAGCGUUUCGGCAUUUCCGAGGAAGAGCUCAGAAAAGCCCUUUUCGAGGACACCAACGGUAUGUACCCAGAGCUCAUCACUCGUCCCGACAUUAAGGUCUUCCUGCCACCUAUCGGCGGCCUGACCGUCUACAUCUUCGGCGACCCAAGCUACGUUUCCGACCCUUCUAAGAAGCUCGCGCUGCGUGUCCACGAUGAAUGCAACGGCUCCGAUGUUUUCGGCUCUGACAUUUGCACUUGCCGCCCUUACCUAAUAUUCGGUAUCGAGGAAGCCGUCAAACAAGCCCAGAACGGUGGUUCUGGUGUUGUGGUCUACUUCCGUAAAGAGGGUCGCGCUCUGGGCGAAGUUACCAAGUACUUGGUCUACAAUGCUCGUAAGAGAGGUGGUGACACCGCUGACGAGUAUUUCCACCGCACCGAGUGUAUCGCGGGAGUUCGUGACAUGCGCUUCCAGCAGUUGAUGCCCGACGUCCUGAAGUGGCUAGGUAUCUCCAAGAUUGACCGUAUGCUGUCCAUGUCCAACAUGAAGCACGAUGCCAUUGUCGAGCAAGGAAUUCCAAUCAUCGAGCGUAUCCCAAUCCCAGACGAGUUGGUCCCACCAGAUUCCCGUGUUGAGAUUGACGCCAAAAUCAACUCUGGCUACUUCACAACCGGUAAGAUCAUGAACCAGGACGAGCUGAAGACCGUUCAGGGCAGGGCCUGGAGCGACGUCCAGUAA